GUCUGCGACGUAUACAUUUCGGAAUGCAAGCAGUAGCCCAGUGAAAAGAUGGUGCUCUGAAUGGUCGAGACAUUCGUUCCGUGGUCGUUCCUAGCCGAUGAACCGUGGUUGCCAGCCAUAUUGUUUUACCGCAGUGUUUGUUUUGGUGCAGCCUGCUCGAACGUACGAGGAAAUCCACGGAGAUCGGCCCGGAGGAACUCGAAACGGCUAGAGUGCAUUUAAAGAAACUGUUCAGGCGGUGCGCGUACACGGUGGUUCAGCUCGUAUUUUUCGGCGUAAUCAUCGUUGGCUCGCGGGGCUAAGCCCGUAAUUAUCUUGUGGGUGUCAGUCGUGGAACCAGGACGGUGAACGGUAGAAAUGGCCUGCGCCACUCUAAAGAGAUCUUUGGAGUUCGAUCCGGUGCAUAGUCAUGGACGUCCUAGUAAACGACGAAGAUGCGUACCGAUGUGUGUUUCCCCCGGUACAUCGACGCAGGCCAGUUCCAGGCCACAGAAUCCCUCGCCCUUCGGCGAGGUAACCCACAAACUGACGCCUGAAAAAAUGGCAGCCAAUAUAAGAGAGGAAAUUCGGAGACUACAUCGACGCAAACAAUUGCAUUUUAGUCCUCAAAACAAUAGCGGUGAUUCUUCAGACAUGGAGGGUCCUGCGAGCCCUUCGAGUCCAUCUGCGUGCGGUUCAAAUUCAUGUAGUUAUAAUCCUAGUGGAAAGGAGAAACCUUUAUUUACAUUCAAACAGGUUGGUUUGAUCUGUGAGCGAAUGCUUAAGGAACAAGAAACACAGAUUCGGGAAGAAUAUGAUCAGAUUCUAAAUAUGAAGCUCUCCGAGCAGUACGACGCUUUUGUUAAAUUUACAUACGAUCAGAUACAAAAGAGAUUCGAAUCUGCAGCUGCGCCAAGUUACCUAUCCUAAAACAAGAUUCUUAUUUAUAAGGACAUGUUUCUGUGAAGAAUAUUAGUCUUUUCUUUCUAUUAUUAUAGAUUUCUACUGUGUGAGACAAAUUUUGCUUGAAGUUUAAGUCGAGGUAUGCAGCACCACCUCGUUCAAGAAAACGUCUUUAAGAAAAUUCAUACUAUGAUUUACAUUAAAAAAACAAAAAAAAGAAAACGUGUCUGGUAAAAAAAAAAUGAAAAAAAUUAGUAAUGUAAGUUUAGUAGGUUUGCAGUAACAGCAAUGAUACUACAAAAAAAAAUCUACAGUGUAUACUAUUGAAUUUACAUGAACUAACAAUAUUUGUACUGGCUGAUGUUAGAAAUGCGCUGGUAUCAGGGAACUGUACUAUGAUUCUAGUUAUGUACAAAUAUUAAUGCAUAUAGAAGUUAUACACUGCGUAUAACUAUGCUUAAAGCCAGGAGCUAAAAAACUUUGGCGGCUUGCACAGGACUCUGUAAGGUCACAUAAUCGAUUUAAAUUAGGUAAAUGUUCAUUUUUUGCACAUCAUAACGGAAAACGUUAUAAAUGGUAAAAUAAGAAUGCAAGUAAUUUUUUUGGUUGAUUUAAUGAUAAAUUGUAUUAGAUGUUGCUCAAUUAUACGCAAUAACAAAUACUCUUGUACGUCAAACAUGCAAAAAUGUGCAUCGUGGUCUUUCACGAAAAGUACUGUGCAUACAAGACGAGAUUUAAAACCAUAUACCGGGGAAAGUUGUUUUCAUGGAAUUUUAUGUAUAUCUUAUUUGUAGAAAGUAUAAAACGAGUGUACUCUAAGUAUUUAGGAAACUUUAUUUCUACUGUCGUGAUAUGAAUUUUGUGUAUGAUUUAUUGCAUAUAUACAUUACCAUUGUAAGCAACAUUCCCCAAAGAUGGAUGUGUUCGAACUUGAAUAACAUACAUAACCUAUAGAAUUAAAUUACAAAAAAAAUGCUUUAAAUAGAUACGAAAAACUUUUGUUCCUCUUAUAAAGAUCAAAUUGCUGAUUCUUUAAAUUUUAAAAACAUAUUAUUUUAGCGUAUAUCUUUCAUUUGUUAUAGAAACUUACGUUUGUUUGAACUUGUCUAUGUAUUACAAAAUUUUUUGUUAGUUAAAGAUCCUAUUUAAAACGCGAAUACGAAGAUUUGUAAAGAGGUCGAAGUAACAUAUAGUCUAUAGCAUUGUACGAACGUAUUGUCAAAAACGAGUAUUUGAAAUAAAGAUUUCAUAAAAUUUGGCAAAUAUUUCUGUUCCCUGGUAGCAACGACUUUCUGUAGCAUAAUAAAACAAUGAAUAAUGAAUAUAUCAUACCUAUACUUUAACUGUGCCUAUUAUUAGACAUAUUUAUCUCGAUAAUUCUAGUAUAUAUUACUUACUGAUAUUGAUCUUAAAAUUUUUAGUUUAUAAUCAUUCGUUUUUAUAUCGUAUGUCGUUUUCUUGCGCUAUUUUGGGUUUUCCAUUUUUUUUACGUGAAAAAAAGAAUUCUAAACAAUAAACUACAGUCGAUAUGAAUGAGGUUUUCUUGGUUGCUGCAUGCAUUUUUUGUUGUUGUGGCAUGAAAUUUGUUCAUAUCAAAAAAGCAUUGAGCACCAAGAAACAUUUAUCCGAAAGAGUCAGCAUGUUACAAAUUUGUGUCAUUACUAUCUAAGAAGUAUAUAUCGAAAGAACAAUUGUUUCUCCAUCUACGAAAUUACAUUUUGAAGAGGGGCAUUAACAAUUGCCUUAUUCAUUCACAAAAAAAAGGUGUCUUUCAGUUACCAGAACGAUUUGGGAACACAAUACUAAAUGGUGUUCGCACAAUAGUGUGUACAUGAUAUACCGUGUUUACGGACUGCUGAAUGCGAAAGGGGAAAGGAAUACAAGUGGUUUUAUUUGUUCAUGAUAAGUAAUACCUACUUGAAGAACAAUAGAUAUUGUUUACCAUUAAGAAAAAUUUGUGAAGAAGUUCACCGAAGUGAUUCCUCGAUCAUUCAGGAAAUUUAAUUUCAAUUAAAAUACCUCCAUAUUAUAUUAUGUAAGCACUUAUUAUCAAAAUAAAUACAAGUCUAAGACUGA